GACACCGGAAGGCACGGAGGUCGCUGCUCCCCCUUGACAGUGGAGGCCGUUGCCAGGACAAGGCGCCCUCUGGCCGUGGGGACGCGAUGGCUGCCGUUCUUCUGAGGCCCAGCGCGGCCCGGGCCGUGUCCUUGUCGUUGUCAGUCCGCGCCCUCGGAGCCGUAGGCGCCCCACACGCGGCAGGAAUUCAUACAGGUUUGCAACACCAGCGGCAGUAUGGUCCGUUGGCUUACAUACUUGGUGAGAGAACCACAAAGAGAUUCACUGAGAAGAGCAAAGUGAUAACUGUGGAUGGCAACUUAUAUUCCGGAAAAGGCGACCUUGCGAAGCGUUUAGCGGAAAAUCUCGGUUUGAAGCACUUUCCUGAAGCCGACGUUCAUUACUCGGAGAAAACCUCCGGGGGUGGAACAGUCCUGAGUCCAGAGCUGGGAGGCAACUGCAGCUUGGAGAAGUUCUACGAUGACCCCAGCAGUAAUGACGGAAAUGCCUACCGCCUGCAGUCCUGGCUCUAUGCUAACCGCCUUCUGCAGUAUUCCGAUGCUCUGGAGCACCUACUGAGCACAGGACAAGGUGUGGUUCUGGAGCGUUCUAUCUUCAGUGACUUUGUCUUUAUGGAGGCGAUGUUCAAGCAGGGCUUCAUCCGGAAACAGUGCGUAGAUCACUACAAUGAAAUCAAACGUCUCACUGCCCCCGGGUAUCUGCCGCCUCACCUGGUUAUCUAUAUUGACGUGCCUGUUCCCGAGGUCCUGAAGAGGAUCCAGGAGAAAGGAAAUGUCCAUGAAAAGAAGAUUACAGAUGCCUACCUCCAGGACAUUGAAAACGCCUACAAGAAGACUUUCCUCCCGGAAAUGAGUAAAAAUUGUGAGAUUUUGCAAUAUACAUCAAAGGAAGCGAAGGAUGUGGAAAAGGUUUUGGAAGACAUUGAAUAUGUCAAGUUCGAUAAGGGCCCUUGGCUGGAGCAGAAUGACCGUUCUCUGCACCACUUGCGUAUGCUGGUCCAGAAUAAAUACGAGGUGUUGAAUUACACGACCGUUCCCAUCUACCUCCCGGAGAUCACCAUUGGCGCUCACCAGUGUGAUCGUCUCUAUCGCCAGUUCAGAGAGCUGAAAGGUCACAAAUACAGUCCAGGCUAUAAUGCAGACGUGGGGGACAAGUGGAUCUGGCUGAAAUGAAGCCUUUCUCCCUUGGAAGAAGCAGCCGGAGUAAUUACAGAGCCCGGACAGUCCAAGAACCAGUCACCAAGGAGAUGAGCCUCCAAUUAUGGGAGAGACAGAGGGAAUGGGCUCCUCUGUGCCCCCCGCGAUGAGGACCGCAGGAGGGGAGCAGCUUUCUUCUAUGACCCCGGGCAGUGUCGGUCUAAGAAACUAAAAACAAAAAACCCAGAAUGUCCCAAACCGGCCAGCAGAGCCAGAAGCACCUUCCUUCCAUUGCCUCGGUCUCUGGCUUCUGUAGGGUGUGUAUUUUGCUUCCUCAUCCUUCCAAGAAAUAAAACCUUUUGUGUGGAA